AUGCGAGUAGUUUUACAACGAGUAACCCGAGCAGCAGUGACGGUUGGCGAUGUAGCCGUAAGUUGUAUUACCUUUUCUGACCUAAAAUCGAUAAUCAGGUAGGCUCCAUUGGAAGAGGACUAUGUGUACUCGUAGGAAUUCAUCGGGAUGACACCGAAGAAGACAUGAAGUAUGUAAUUAGAAAGAUUUUGAAUUUACGAGUGUUCCCGGCAUCCGAGCAGAAACCCUGGGAUAAAUCAGUCGUAGAUCUGGAUCUGGAAGUGCUCUCCGUCAGUCAGUUUACAUUAUACGGACAAUUCAAAGUAAGUGAAGUAAAGUCUGCAAAUUUUCAUAAAACUUUCAGGGCAACAAACUGGAUUUCCACACGGCAAUGGCACCGGCAGAAGCAUCAAAGUUCUACGCACAAUUUUUAGAAGCUCUGAAGACAGCGUACAAACCGGAGAAAAUCCAGGACGGCAAAUUCGCUGCGAUGAUGAGUGUGGACAUUGUGAACGAUGGACCAGUCACCGUUACCUUCGAUAGUAAAGAAAAAUAAUUGCAAUAUUUCAUUAGCUCCUUCGAUUUUUUUUUGAUGAUCGGUUCAUCUCCGCUGUUUUAUCUUCUGAUUGUCUCGAACAAUCCUUCUAAUUCUCAACUUCAGAUGGUUUUUGAAAGACUGCAAAGCGAACUUCACGAGGCCAUUGAAGGCGUCAACCGGUACAAUCCGGAGAACGUGAGCGAUCUGGCGGCUUGUGUUCAGGCCAUGGUCACCGAAAACAAGUACGACAAGGACAUCGUGCUCACUAUCCUCAAGCUCUACCAGCUGAACCCGGAAAAGUUGGUGAAAAUUAGCAAUGUUUUGUUAUAAAAUAAUUUCAGGUAUGAUGAGAUUGUCGUCCGACAGGUCUUGCUCAAAACGCUGAUGGUGCUGCCGUCCAGCGACUUCGCUCUCGCCAAGUGUCUCAUUGACACAAAUCGACUCGGAUCGUCGGAACUCCGCAGAAUUUUCGAUCUCGGAGCUGUCCUGGAGUCGUGCAACUUUGCCGUCUUCUGGAGAUUAGUCAAGGGAACCUACAAGGUAAUCACUAUUCUCGGAAUUAGAUUUCAUUCAUCGAAUUUUAGCCAACCACGAGCGUAUCUGAGCAGUUCAAGUUCCCACAGGAGAUCGCCAAGAUGAUAAAGCCAAUGGUCGGAUUCGAGGAAGCCAUCAAGCAGUGUGAGUAUACUACGACAACAGCCGAUUUUACUCUUUCCCUGUUCAGAUGUCUGCCGCGUCAUAAAUGUUACGUUCCAAAACAUCGAAAAGCCGCUUUUGAGCCGUCUACUUGGAGGAGCCAGUGACAACGAAGUGAACGCGUUGGCGAAGAAGUUCGGAUGGGAAGCGAAGGAGAACGGAAAGGUCUUCUUCGUCGCCAACCACGACGCCACCAUCAAGACGAGAAACAUCGACGAGAAGAUCCAAUUCGGACGUAAGAGCCCUUUAUUUACGUGCUUUCCACGUGCUCCUUGCAGAUGUCGCUGAUCUUCUGACGACCAUCCAAACCCCGCUGACCCUCUGA